AUGGACUUUGCUAAAUAUCUUAGCUACCUUCUCAAACCUCAAAAUCAUAGACUUAGGGAACUCAAUGGACUGCUGCUUAACUAUUUGAUUUUGCUCCUUUUCACGUUCACUUUUUGCUCUUGUUCUACUGAUACCGUAUCUGUUCACAAACCUAUAAGAGAUGGUGAUCUUCUUGUUUCUAAAUCUAAAACUUUUGCACUUGGAUUCUUCACUCCUGGAAAAUCCUCAUCUCGCUAUGUUGGAAUUUGGUACUACAACUUGCCAAUCCAAACUGUUGUUUGGGUUGCAAACAGAGAUACUUCAAUCAAUGAUACUUCUGGAAUUCUAUCAAUCGACCCAAAUGGGAAUCUAGUACUCCACCACAACCUUAGCACCAUUCCUAUUUGGUCUACCAAUGUUUCAUUACUACAAUCACAAACAAAUAAUACCAGUGUUAUAGCUCAACUAUCAGAUACAGCAAACCUUAUUCUGAUCCUAAACAACACCAAAACUGUCGUCUGGGAAAGCUUUGAUCAUCCAACAGACACCAUGCUUUUCAAAUGGUUUACCUGGUUUUGA